CGUCAUGCUUGUUGAACAGAUCUUUUUAUUCUCUCGCCCUCGUGAAUUCUGAUACAACAGCACUUUAGAGGGCACGAAGAUGCGACGACAUGCUCUCUGUGUUCGCGUUUCUGAUCGUUAGUCCACCCUAGUAAGAAGCAGGUUCCAACAAUUGAAGCAAAAAUCGAAAAUAGAUCAUUCAGGAUCCUGUCGAUCAACACGUCGAUCUUCCGAGCCUCAAUGAUCAUGCAGGACCGACAGGUUGAUCAACACUGAUGGAAAAAGUAGUACGUCCGAUCUACUUCACAUUGCCCACUCAGUGGAGUCAACUCAGUGUUUAAAAGGGAGGCAGCGUAUGAUGGUCCUAACGCAAAAAUAAAAAACGCAGAUUUUGAAGCGAGCACUUGACUGAUUGACUAGCAAUGAACAGUUCCUCCUCCAGAAAAAUCAACACGCAGGUCCUUGUUAUAAAAAGAGACGGAAAUAAUUAUACGGACAAGCGUUGUAAGUAGUACAAGCUGUGCCUUAGCCUUACUUCUAAUAUUGGUCGUCUACUACUUUCCGACGACAGUAGAUGUUGUAGAUCAUCUGGUUGGUCGUGGUUAGGUUACCGCUCUGGACGGACCUCGCAUGUUGUUCUCUCACUACUUGAUUUGUCUAAGCUCAUUAUAAGCAGAACUUAUAGAAAUACGAAAAAGAUGGAGAACCGACCAAUACGGCACGCAGAUAACCCGGUGGUUUUUUUCGAUAUUGGCGUUGGUGGCCACGCUAUCGGAAGGAUAAAGUUGGAGCUCUUCAGGGAUGUGGCGCCGAAAACAGUGGAAAAUUUCCGACAGCUUUGUACUGGAGAGUUCAAGCUCAGCAAAGUGCCAAUAGGAUACAAAAACUGCGUUUUCCACAGAGUCAUCAAGGACUUUAUGGUACUUGCUUGUGAAGAUUCUUGCAAUAUGUAUCUCCUGGUGUGUGGGAGGGCGGUAAGUACUCUCGUCGACCACGACUAGCAUGCACUGCGGCAGACGAGGGUCGUCUACUAGUACAACAAAAACUCUAGCACCUGCACAGUGUCACAAAAAAAAAGCCAAUGAAAUCCUCCUGUCAGCUCCAACCAAAAUCCUUACUCCUUAUCCUCGUCCAAACUACAAUCAUGAUCGACAGAUACAAGGCGGCGACUUCGUAAAAGGCGACGGACAAGGAUCACUCUCAAUAUUCGGAGAGAAGUUUCCAGACGAAAACUUUACCCUGAAGCAUGACCAAGCUGGACUCCUCUGUAUGGCAAACAAUGGACCGAAUAGUAUUGCAUUUUUUGAUACGGGUAGGUAAAAAAUAGUGGACCUGGACGAUAAUUACGAUGGUUAUGGAACAAGCACUCUUUUUGUUCUUGCUUGACUAGUACUUCUACUUCGUUAAAACUACAAUAAAUACCAUCUUAAUGUUAAUUACAUACACCAUCUUCCAGUUCCAUCUUCACUUUUCAUCAUACUCCAUCUUCUUCCAGUUCCAUCACCUUUCCUGAAACAAAGCACAGUCUUCCAUCUUUACUUCUCAUGAAACACCACAGGUAACGGUUGUCAGUUCUAUAUCACUUGCAAUAAGGCAGAUUGGCUAGACGGCAAGCAUGUAGUAUUCGGCAAGGUACUCGAUCAAGCGUCAAUGCAUGUCGUUCGGAAAAUAGAAAACGUCGCAGUUGGUGGAGGACACACACCUCGGCUUAACGUAGUCAUCACUGAAUGCGGAGAACUUUAA